AGCAGUUUGGAUCAGAGAGUCGUGUAAUGAUUUAUGAUCAGCUUCCUUAUAAAAAUACCGCUAAAAGCCCCGCGCUGUUACAAUAAGGGUAAGGUAGUGUCGUAAAUAGGGACAUUGUCGUAAAUUCCAACGGACAUCUUUCAACAAAUCGUUAUAAAUUCCGAAACAAGUGACUCAGUUUAAAAUAUCAAGAUCUCUUGACGCGAUUGCUUGGUAAACAUCGUCCUUGUUCUUUUAUUAGAAUUAUUGAAAUAAAUGCCACUCAUUAUUGGAACGGUUAGAGAACGAGCAGGACAUAAAUUCUGACGACCGGAAGCAGAUAAUUCUCCAGUCAGGGGAGAUUAUAAAGUGAACUGUAAGAAGACAAAUUGAAGGAUAGUUGCCAUUUUUGACAGACUUUGCGGUAUGAUUUAUACGAAAGUACAAACAGCAGUCCUGGUGUACAUAGUGGUCCAGUUUGCGGGGUCCUCGGGAUUUAUCAUAGAUAACGAAGAUAUUUUACACAGCAGUCGAGAUAUCAGUCCGAGAUCCAGAACGGCAUUCUUACAAUCGUUCAUCAGAAGAUUACGAAGCGAUGACCUUGAGCGCAUGGACGACCUUAACUCAUUAGUACCACGUGACUAUUACACAGGAUCUUCCGGUAAACGGGAUUAUGGGAUAAAUCCGCCAUUCCACGAGCUCUGUCGCAUGCUCAACAUCCCUUACUGCGCAUAUCGAAGUUAACAUCAUUCACAACUGAAGUCAGACUUGGAAACAGAACAUGGCUGUGAUAAAAUAGGAAAAUAUGACGAUAUUUGAACGAAAGAAAACAUUACCACUUUUGUGUUGAGGGGUUUUCCUUGUUCAAUUGUGAAUCAUUUUAGCUAUAAAUAGAAAAAUGUACAACCGCUGAUGACGUCUUAUUGAUAGUGGAAGUCAUGCUAACGCUGAAUAGAUGUAAACGUAAAUGUCAAUUUCAGUGGCGGAUCCAGGAUUUGUUGUAAUGGGAGGGGGUUAUGAAGUGGGGGAUCCAGGGUUUUGAGACUUUUUAGUUUACUUAUAUGGGUUAUUCUAGCUAUACUUUAUAAAUAAUAAAAUCAAUGAAUAACAAU